AUGUAUGAUGCUCUGCUUCACAUUAAAGAAGAUUUGAAUUUAACUAGUUCACAUGGUCUGCAGACAAAAUCUGAUGCAUGUGCUCUCUUAAAAAAUAUCUGUGACUUUAAAUUUAUAUCCUCUGUCAUUAUUUGGUACGAUAUAUUGAGUGCUGUUAACCCAAUAAGUAAACAAUUGCAAUCUAUACAUUAUGAUAUACAAAUGGCCCUUAAAAGUGUAUCAAGUAUUGUAGAAUUUUUGAAAGAAUACCGUCAAAAUGGGUUUUCCAAAGUUAAAAUAGCUGCAAAAGAAAUUGCUCUAUUAAUAGAAAUACCAGGACAAUUUCCCGAAGAAUAUCAAGUACGUAAACGACAAAAAAAAACACAUUUCAGCUAUGAAAACAGAGAUGAAACGCCUAUUCAUAAUCCAGAAAAGAAAUUUGAAGUAGAGUUUUUCUACACAAUAAUAGACCAGCCAUUAAUUCUUUACGAGAAAGAUUUGAUCUGUUAA